AUGGGAAACAUUCCAGAGGAGGCCACCCCUCCAGUCCCCAGUCCAGAGGAGGCCGCCCCUCCAGCCCCCAGCUUAAAGGGAGCUGUCUAUUCAGUCCCCAGUCCAGAGGAGGCCGCCCCUCCAGUCCCCAGUCCAGAAGAGGCCGCCUCUCCAGUCCCCAGUCCAGAGGAGGCCGCCUCUCCAGUCCCCAGUCCAGAGGAGGCCGCCUCUCCAGUCCCCAGCUUAAAGGGAGCUGUCUAUUCAGUCCCCAGUCCAGAGGAGGCCGCCUCUCCAGUCCCCAGCUUAAAGGGAGCUGUCUAUUCAGUCCCCAGUCCAGAGGAGGCCACCCCUCCAGUCCCCAGUCCAGAGGAGGCCGCCUCUCCAGUCCCCAGUCCAGAGGAGGCCGCCCCUCCAGUCCCCAGUCCAGAGGAGGCCGCCUCUCCAGUCCCCAGUCCAGAGGAGGCCGCCUCUCCAGUCCCCAGCUUAAAGGGAGCUGUCUAUUCAGUCCCCAGUCCAGAGGAGGCCACCCCUCCAGUCCCCAGUCCAGAGGAGGCCGCCUCUCCAGUCCCCAGUCCAGAGGAGGCCGCCCCUCCAGUCCCCAGUCCAGAGGAGGCCGCCUCUCCAGUCCCCAGUCCAGAGGAGGCCGCCUCUCCAGUCCCCAGUCCAGAGGAGGCCGCCCCUCCAGCCCCCAGCUUAAAGGGAGCUGUCUAUUCAGUCCCCAGUCCAGAGGAGGCCACCUCUCCAGUCCCCAGAUUAAAGGGAGCUGUCUAUUCAGUCCCCAGUCCAGAGGAGGCCGCCUCUCCAGCCCCCAGCUUAAAGGGAGCCGUCUAUUCAGUCCCCAGUCCAGAGGAGGCCACCUCUCCAGUCCCCAGUCCAGAGGAGGCCGCCCCUCCAGUCCCCAGUCCAGAGGAGGCCGCCUCUCCAGUCCCCAGUCCAGAGGAGGCCGCCCCUCCAGUCCCCAGUCCAGAGGAGGCCGCCUCUCCAGUCCCCAGUCCAGAGGAGGCCGCCUCUCCAGUCCCCAGUCCAGAGGAGGCCGCCCCUCCAGUCCCCAGUCCAGAGGAGGCCGCCUCUCCAGUCCCCAGUCCAGAGGAGGCCGCCUCUCCAGUCCCCAGUCCAGAGGAGGCCGCCCCUCCAGUCCCCAGUCCAGAGGAGGCCGCCUCUCCAGUCCCCAGUCCAGAGGAGGCCGCCCCUCCAGUCCCCAGUCCAGAGGAGGCCGCCCCUCCAGUCCCCAGUCCAGAGGAGGCCGCCUCUCCAGUCCCCAGUCCAGAGGAGGCCGCCUCUCCAGUCCCCAGUCCAGAGGAGGCCGCCUCUCCAGUCCCCAGUCCAGAGGAGGCCGCCUCUCCAGUCCCCAGAUUAAAGGGAGCUGUCUAUUCAGUCCCCAGUCCAGAGGAGGCCGCCUCUCCAGCCCCCAGCUUAAAGGGAGCCGUCUAUUCAGUCCCCAGUCCAGAGGAGGUCGCCCCUCCAGUCCCCAGUCCAGAGGAGGCCGCCCCUCCAGCCCCCAGCUUAAAGGGAGCUGUCUAUUCAGUCCCCAGUCCAGAGGAGGCCGCCUCUCCAGUCCCCAGCUUAAAGGGAGCUGUCUAUUCAUUCCCCAGUCCAGAGGAGGCCGCCUCUCCUGUCCCCAGUCCAGGAGAAGUUGUGUGCUCAGCCCAUUCCAGGUCCUGCUGCUCCCUUGCCAACGCCAACUCCCCCGCUGUUGCCUCGCCGGUGCCCGCCUUGUGA